AAGAAGAAGAAGAAGAAGAAGAAGAAGAAGAAGAAGAAGAAGAAGUCUAUCCAGAGCUUCAUCCCACAAUGUUUGUGCUGUUGUCCUAGGUUUGGGAUUCCCGACAUUAGCUGCAUAGUUUAAAAUAUAAUGACGUGAUUAAAACUCAUGGAAAAGGAGAACUCUCCCCUCGCUGUGGCUACCAGCCCUGGCCGAAGUUUGGUUUUCUUUGACUUGGAGACAACAGGACUUGGUCAGAGCUGUGAAAUCGUCCAGCUGGCUGCAGUAAGUGGGGGUCACUCCCUGAACCUCUACAGUGUCCCUCGAUGUCGGAUGCAGCGUGGCGCCGCCAAGGUCACCGGCUUCAGGGUCUGGAGGCACAGGCUGUACCACCAUCGCUGCCCCGUCCGGACCAACUCCCUCGAAGAAGUACUAGUCUCCUUCAUAGCCUUCCUGCGCAUGCUGGACCGCCCGAUGGUCGUCGGUCACAAUAUCCGUCGCUUCGACUGCCCUGUGCUAGCUAGAGCGCUUGACGAGUUUGACCUCAAAGCAGAGUUCCAGUUAGCGGUUUCUGGUUGCUUGGACACACUCCCGUUGGCGCGAGAGCUUCUGAAGGGACAUGGUCUCCAGAGUUUUCGGCAGGAAAACCUUGUUCGGAUAGUGGUUGGCAUUUCCUACGAGGCGCAUGAUGCCUUGGAGGAUGUGCGGGCACUGCAGAGGCUCUACGAUGCCCUCGGACCCACGCCAGAGCAGGUCGUCAGGCAUAGCUUCACCAUGGCAGAGCCAGCACCCAAGCAGCCUCCUGCAGCCAAGGUCAAGGCCAAGGGGUCCUGUAAGGCACCGGGACAGCACCCCCUGUGGAAGAGCUUCAGACAGGCAGUGAAGGUCACAGAGGGGCCCGAAGGGGGCACCACAGGCCAGGGUAAUGCAACUCUUAUAACGGGUAAUGGUUGUUAAGUGAAAAUAAAUGGACAUUUUCACAUGUUGUGGAGUUCUAAAUUACUGCAGCUCAUUUAAAUAAUGUAAGAUUCUGACAUUGUGAUGGAUUGUAAUGUGUUUGUGUGAUUAUUCAAAUUCAUUACGUUUUCAGAAAAUAAAGAUGUUAUUUUUUUGUAACA